AUGUGUCCUAAUUUAUCGCCAAGUCAGAAAGUGGAGAUUCAAGAAAGUCAAGAAGUGCCACAAAAUCUUGCUUUAGCCAAUCACAAUGUUUCAGAAGAAGUUUUGCUGCAGACUUUGCUUGUUGUGAUAAAUCAUGGGGGAAAACGUAGUGUCGUUAGAGCUUUAAUCGAUACUGGCUCACAAUGCUCUUAUGUACUAAAAUCCACAGUUGAACGAAUGAAAAUAAAACCUGUAGGAUUUGAAACUCUGAAUCAUGUGGUGUUUGGUGGUUGCAUGACAAGAUCUAAACACAAUGCCUAUAAAUUAAAUGUAAGCAGUGUUCAUGCAAACAAAAUUUGCGAAAUGCAAGUCUUAGACCAACCAACCAUUUGUGGAAUGAUACCAAGAACAAAUGACGUAUCUUGUUUAAAAGAGUUAGAAGAAUUGGGAAUCCAGAUAACAGACCGUGGUAAAGGUAGACUUCCUAUUGAGCUCCUAAUUGGAGCAGAUAUUGCAGUCAAAUUGUAUACAGGUCAAACGCAAAUUUUAAAAUGUGGUCUUGUUGCUGUGCAGACGCACUUAGGUUGGACUAUCAUGGGAAGGUCUGAAAAUCAUAAUUGCAAAGACAACACUAUGACAUCGCUAUUUUUACGAAGCCAUAGUAUAGAAAAUCUUUGGAAACUGGAAGCGAUAGGAAUUAGGGAUCCUUGUGAAAGUAUGAACAUAGAGUUAUUGGAAAAAGUGGCCUAUGAUCAUUUUGAAAAGACUCUAAAGAUUACUGAAGAUGGACGCUACGAAAUUAGUUUUCCUUGGAUGCAAAGUCCCGACGAAUUGCCAAGUAACCGCGAACUUGCAGAAAAACAAUUAUUGUCCACUUCUUGGAGACUCAGUAAAGCAGGAAAGAUGAAAGAUUAUAAUGCCGUGUUCCAAGAAUGGUUGCAAUGCGGAAUAAUUGAAGAAUGUUCAGAAGGGCCAGGUCACUAUCUGCCACAUCAUGCAGUGUUCAAACCAACUUCCACUACCACACCUGUUAGACCCGUUUUUGACGCCUCGUGCAAGUCGAAGGGAAAUAUGUCAUUAAAUGAUUGCUUAAUAAAAGGUCCAAAUUUGCUCGAAGACAUCCCAACUGCUCUUCUUAAAUUCAGACAGAAAAAAAUUAGAGUUGUUGCUGACAUUAAGAAGGCGUUUUUGCAAAUUUCAGUAGCAGAAGAGGAUCGCAAUCCGUUUUUACUGGGUGCUGUUUUAAGACAUCAUUUAGAGUCAUUUGCAUUUUCUCCAUAUCAAGAUGUUUCAGAGACACUUAAAUCUGCUUACUAUGUGGAUAACUGUGUUACUUCAGUUAAUUCUGAAAAAGAAUUACAAAGAUUUGUAAAAGUGUCUACAGAGAUCAUGGCCAAAGGAAAGUUCGAGUUGAGAGCAUGGGAAUACUCUGCUGUUAAACGUUCAAGUGUUCCUAUGGUCCCAUCACAAGUUUUAGGUUUACUAUGGAACAAGAAUGAAGAUGUUAUUUUUUGUGAUACUCAAUCCAUUUCAAACCAUCCAGAAAAGAUAACUAGAAGGUCCAUUCUUUCCAUGACUCAGCAAGUAUUCGAUCCGCUUGGAUUUUCAUGCCCAGCUACGUUGUAUCCUAAGUUACUAUUACAAGAGAGUUGGAGGUCUGAAUUGGGCUGGGAUACUGAG